AUGCCUCAGAGACGGAUGGUGAUGAUUGGUGCUCGAAGGGAUGGCAAAAGCUCUACGGCCAACACGAUUUUGAGAAAGCAGCGAUUUGAGUACGGCAAAAUUCGAACAGCUCAAAGCGAAGCUCGACAUGAGAUAGUGGAGGGAAGGGAGUUGGUGGUAGUUGACGCACCAGGAUGGAAGAACUCUCCCUCUCUCAGUGAAAUCCCAGAAAGAGAAAAGGAACAAUUUAUAAUAAAUGCUUCCAAGUGUCCGCCUGGACCACAUGCUUUCCUCCUUGUCAUACCGAUAGAUGCCAGAUUCUCCUACGAACAAAAGAUGACCGUGGAAGAUUAUAUGAAGUUGCUCGGGGAUCGAGUGUGGCAACACACUAUCGUGCUGUUCACCUUUGGUGACUUCCUGGGGUCAAAGACCAUUGAGCAAUACAUUGAGAGUGAGGGUGAAGCGCUCACUUGGUUAAUAGAAAAGUGUCAGGACAGGUACCAUGUGAUCAACAACAAAGACAAAAGCAACUUAACUCAGGUCACUGAACUGAUAGAGAAGAUUGAUGAGAUGGUCGAGGCCAAUGGUAACGGUUUCUAUAGGCUAGACAUGCACGCAUUUGAUACCAUUAUGAAGAAGCAAGAAGAGAUAGCAAAGAGGGCUUAUGAGAGACACAGGCAAGCCUUGGAAACAAGAAGGCAAAUGAAAGCAAUUGUCUCAGGAAUGGAACCCAUCAAGAAACUUCAGAUGAUUCUCCUUGGCAGCCGCUGUGUUGGGAAAACCUCUUUAGGUAAAACCAUUUUAGGUAUCGAAGAGCAUGGAGAAGAAGAGCGAACAACGUUCUCUAACAUCCUCCAUGGCAUAGUGGGCAGUACGGAGAUUACAAUAGUAGACACGCCAGGCUGGAGGAAAGGCUUCACUGCAUCUGACACGCCAGAAAUGAUUAAAGACGAGGUCCUGUACAGCUUAUUCAAGUGCCAACCGGGGCCCCACGUCUUCUUGCUAGUGAUCGACGCCGAAGCCUCAUUUAACCGCAAUCAUUUGAAUGCAGCCACCACUCAUAUGGAGCUCCUAGGGAAGGGCGUAUGGAAACACACGAUUUUGGUGUUCACCCGAGGAGACUGCCUGCGGUCACGUAAUAUAGAGGAAUACAUUGAAGGCGAGGGUAAAGCACUGCAAUCUCUGGUGGAGCGAUGUGGUGACAGGUAUCAUGUCAUUGACAACAUGAAUGCAGACGAUGGCAGUCAGAUUGAGGAGCUAUUGGAGAAAAUCACGCUGACUCUGGCAGGGAACAAAGGGCAACAUUUUAAACCUAAUAGGAAGAUGCUUGAGGACCUGAAGGAGAAAGAAAAAAAAGUGGAAGAAGCUGUUCUCCAGAGAAGUCAAGCCAAGGCUGCCAAAGUGGAGAAAGGUUUUGCCAAAAAGUUAAAUGAGCUUCAAAUUUUGAUUAUCGGUGAAAAGCUGUCAGGAAAGACAACUGCAGCAAAUUACAUCCUGCAAAGCAUGGUGUUCCACACCAAAUCAAAUCACAGGUGUAUGGCUCAGACGGCUCAAGUUGCAGGCAGGAGAGUCACAGUGGUCGACACCCCUGGCUGGAACAAGGUGCCAGAAUACACCUCGAACCUGGACAGAGAAAUCGUCCAAGGUCUGACUCUGAGCCAUGAAGGGGUCCACGCUGUUCUGAUUAUGAUUUCCUUGGACAUGACAUUCAACGACGUCAAUAAGGAAAUGCUGGAAGAUCAUGUCAAUCUCUUCGGAGAGAGUGUAUGGGAUCACACAAUUGUUUUAUUCACCAACAUGGAAAGCUUCACAGACAGAUCCCUGGAAGAUCACAUUGUGAGGGAACAUCUGCUGCAAUGGUUGAUUGAGAAGUGUAGGAACAGAUACCACUACCUGAACGUCACAGAAAAAAGCAAUGUUAGCCAGCACCAGCAGCUGUUUACUAAGAUAGAGGAGAUGUCAGCAAAGAACCAGGGUCGCCUCUUUCACCCCGACAUCAAUGACAUCCACCUGAGGAUUGAUAAAAAGUUCCAUAAGAGGCAAAUCAAAGAUAUGCUGCAACAUGUAAUUGAGCAGGGGUCCAAAAUCCGAGAGCUGGAACUGUGUAAAAGCUUCAAGGAGAAACUCAUCAAGCUUCUAGGGGACAUAAAUGAGAUUGUUCCAGCUCCGCUAACAUUGGGUGCCGGUGUCAAGGGGAAGGGCAAGAAGAAAUGUGUCUUGGCAGAUAUUGAACAAGAGAUUGAAGAUCUAAAUAAGACCAUUUUCCAGUUGAGUCACCGGAACAGCAUGGACUUCGGGAACCCUUCCUGUACGUAA